UGUUUUGUUUCAAAGUGUUAACUAAAACAGUAUUCAGAGAAAAAUAUUUGUUUACUCGAUCGAGAUUUGGGAAAUCAUAUUAAGAGUGUUAUUUGCCCAGGUAACGAUUGAGAAGAAUCUCUCUUUUCUCUACUAAGAGAAUCACAUUCAGAGAGAUCAGACAAGAAGAGUUAAAGAAACAAUGGUGGAAGGAGGAAUUGCGAAAGCAGACAAAACAGAGUUCACUGAGUGUUGGAGAACAACAUGGAAGACACCUUACAUCAUGAGACUUGCUCUCUCCGCCGGAAUCGGAGGUCUUCUCUUCGGUUACGACACCGGAGUCAUUUCCGGGGCUCUUCUCUUCAUCAAGGAGGACUUUGAUGAAGUUGAUAAGAAAACAUGGCUUCAGUCAACUAUUGUUAGUAUGGCAGUGGCUGGAGCCAUCGUCGGAGCAGCAAUCGGAGGUUGGAUCAAUGAUAGGUUUGGUAGGAGGAUGUCGAUUCUUAUCGCUGAUGUUCUUUUCUUGAUCGGUGCGAUUGUGAUGGCAUUUGCUCCGGCUCCGUGGGUUAUCAUUGUUGGAAGAAUCUUUGUCGGAUUUGGUGUUGGUAUGGCCUCGAUGACGUCGCCGUUGUACAUCUCUGAAGCUUCUCCGGCGAGGAUUAGAGGUGCACUUGUUAGUACCAAUGGUCUUCUCAUCACUGGAGGACAAUUCUUCUCUUACCUCAUCAAUCUUGCUUUUGUCCAUACUCCGGGAACAUGGAGAUGGAUGUUGGGUGUUGCGGGAAUUCCAGCCAUAGUUCAGUUUGUGCUCAUGUUGUCGCUACCUGAGUCUCCAAGGUGGUUAUAUAGAAAGGAUAGGGUUGCGGAAUCGAGAGCGAUCCUUGAGAGGAUUUACCCGGCGGAUGAAGUGGAGGCGGAGAUGGAAGCUUUGAAACAGUCAGUGGAGGCAGAGAAAGCAGAUGAGGCAAUCAUCGGUGAUAGCUUCACCGCGAAAAUGAAAGGAGCUUUCGGAAAUCCCGUCGUUCGACGUGGACUUGCUGCUGGUAUCACAGUGCAGGUGGCACAGCAGUUUGUGGGGAUCAACACUGUCAUGUACUACAGUCCUUCAAUUGUGCAAUUUGCUGGUUACGCCUCCAACAAGACAGCUAUGGCCUUGUCUCUCAUUACUUCUGGUUUGAAUGCGUUGGGUUCGAUUGUGAGCAUGAUGUUUGUCGAUCGGUACGGGAGAAGGAAGCUUAUGAUCAUCUCUAUGUUUGGGAUCAUAACAUGUCUUAUCAUCUUAGCCAUCGUGUUCUCACAAGCGGCCAUUCACGCCCCCAAGAUCGAUGCGCUGGAGUCAAGGAUGUUUGCUCCAAAUGCUACUUGUUCAGCAUAUGCCCCUCUCGCAGCCGAAAACGCUCCUCCCUCGAGAUGGAACUGCAUGAAGUGUCUCAGGUCUGAAUGUGGAUUCUGCGCCAGCGGAGUACAGCCGUAUGCACCAGGAGCAUGUGUGGUGUUGUCGGACGAGAUGAAAGCAACUUGCAGCUCAAGAGGAAGAACAUUCUUCAAAGAUGGAUGUCCAAGCAAGUUUGGGUUCUUAGCAAUAGUGUUUUUGGGGCUUUACAUCGUAGUCUACGCACCAGGUAUGGGCACUGUCCCGUGGAUUGUCAACUCUGAGAUCUAUCCGCUAAGAUACAGAGGUCUUGGUGGAGGAAUAGCCGCCGUCUCAAAUUGGGUGUCCAAUCUCAUUGUCAGUGAGAGCUUCCUCUCACUCACCCAUGCUCUUGGCUCCUCUGGGACCUUCCUUCUCUUUGCUGGCUUCUCCACGAUCGGGCUAUUCUUCAUUUGGCUGCUCGUUCCUGAGACCAAAGGGCUUCAGUUUGAGGAGGUCGAGAAGUUGCUCGAAGUCGGCUACAAGCCCAGUCUCUUGCGGCGGAGGAACAAGAAGGGCAAAGAAGUCGACACCGCUUAAGACGAUAAUGAUCACUUUUCUUUCUCUCUCUAUUUUUACUAUUAUCGCUGCCAGUUCCUAAUUCUAUAUUGUAUGAAACCAGAUUGGAAUACGUAUUAUCAAGACCUUUUAAAACCUCAAAAAACAUGAUUCAAAGCAAAA